AUGCCUUCUAAGCAACCGCCCUCGUUCGGGUCGCAAGCGUACUGGAAUCAUCGCUUCGCUUCCAACACGGAUCCUUUUGAAUGGCUCGAGGCUCCCAAUGUCCUGGAUCCCUACAUUGUCGAUUCUUUAGACGCUACGCCCACGCCCAAGCCCCAACUUGUUCACAUAGGUUGCGGCACCUCGCUGCUAUCCUACCAUUUGCGCGCUCAUGUAGACAGCCCGCAACAGAUACACAACUUGGACUACUCGGAAGUUGCCAUUGAGGUUGGCAAGAUCCGCGAACAGGAGAUAUACCAGGAUCCGAGGGCCAAUGUCGCGUGCAUGCGCUGGGACGCUGUAGAUCUGCUCGACUACAAGUCUGUGAUGCGUGUAUGCAAGCGCGCUACCUAUUCGGUUAUAGUUGAUAAGUCAACAUCCGACUCCAUUGCCUGUGCAGACGACGUCCUUGUUCCUUCACCGUAUCCGCUAGCAGUUCGAUCCUAUGAACCCCUCCAUUUGGAUCCCGCCAAGUCUCCGGAACUUAUUCAUCCUUUGGUCGUCAUGGCUGUGAAUUUAGCGCUCGUGACAAAACCUGGGGCGCGCUGGAUCGCUCUGUCUUAUUCAAGCGAUCGUUUCUAUUUCCUGGAUGCGUCCGCAAAGGACGUGAUACCCCAAGAUGUAGCUUUCCCACAUCCAGCUGAUCUGUGGCAUCUAGUGGAGAAGCGCGAGAUUGAGGACAAUGACUGGCAAGUACGGAACGAGAGGACCAACGAUGCGGUAACACACAGACCAAAGGUGGGCAAUUUUGUAUAUAUUCUGGAGAGGACCCAUUUGCCAUUGUCUGUUCGCGGAGAACACAUUUAA